CGUAUAUCCGCUUUCUGCAACACUUACUCUGGCUCGUUUCCCCUGAUUCAUUCCCCUCAUCGCUCUGAGCUGCAGCUUAUCCAAACCUAAAACCCUUUUUUAAAACACCUGGAAACCGUCGUGCGGAAGCUGCGGCCAUGCGGGCGUUGUUGUUGUUGUUUGCGGUGACGGUGCUGGCGGUGGUCAACGGAGCCGAGAAGAAAAAACUGCAGAUUGGCAUCAAGAAGCGGGUGGACAAUUGCCCCAUCAAGUCCCGGAAAGGAGACGUGUUGAAUAUGCAUUACACGGGCAAGCUGGAGGAUGGCACCGAGUUUGACAGCAGCAUCCCCCGCGACAGGCCUUUUACUUUCACCCUGGGAACCGGCCAGGUGAUCAAAGGUUGGGAUCAAGGCCUGCUGGGCAUGUGUGAGGGCGAGAAGAGGAAGCUGGUGAUCCCCUCUGAGCUGGGAUAUGGAGACAGGGGGGCCCCACCAAAGAUCCCCGGAGGAGCCACACUCAUAUUCGAGGUGGAGCUGCUCAGCAUCGAGAGGAGAUCCGACCUUUGAUGAAGGAGGUGAUGUGCAAGCAAGCAAGCAACUUUAAAUUUUUCAGGAGUUGCUGCAGGAUUGAGAGGAGACCUUCUGACCUCAGAUGAAGAUUAUAUGGCAAAUCUGGGAGUACAGUUGCCCCCCCACCCUUCCCAUGUCGUAACCACUGCCCUCCUUUCACUGGCUUUGCUUAAAAUGGUCCGAUAUAGUGGAUUGAAGUUAUUGAUAUAAGAACUGACAGUAUGUCCUUGCUAAACAUUAGUAGAAAAUUUCCAGUCUGCAGCUAAAACCCAGUAUUUUGUCGGAGGUUAAGCCCGGCUGUUCCAUCUCAUUUAUGUUUGUGAUUUUUCUGUCAUUAAUAAGCGGGUACAUUCAUAUCUCUUCUUUGUUUUUGCUAAAUGAUUUAGGUUAUUAAUGUUGUUAGUAAUUGAGACUAAGAAAACUGUUUUUCACUUCAAUUAUUUGGAUUGUGAUAAUAAAAUUUAGACCUUCUAAA